ACGGCCUCCGCUGGCGGCAGCAGCAGCAGCAGCAACAACAACAACAACAACAACUCCUCCACCUCUUCCUCCUUCCCACUCUUCGAUACAGGAAAACUUACUUUAGGAAAACUUACUUUAGUAUGUUUAGUAUGGGCUCCACGAGCUAGAGGGAGCCCCAGCUGACAGAGCGUCAAGGCCCCAGCUGACAGAGCGUCAAGGCCCCAGCUGACAGAGCGUCAAGGCCCCAGCUGACAGAGCGUCAAGGCCCCAGCUGACAGAGCGUCAAGGCCCCAGCUGACAGAGCGUCAAGGCCCCAGCUGACAGAGCGUCAAGGCCCCAGCUGACAGAGCGUCAAGGCCCCAGCUGACAGAGCGUCAAGGCCCCAGCUGACAAAGCGUCAAGAAUAUGAUGGGACAAAAUGAAUCCUGUGGUGCAGAUCAGAUACCUAUGUCUUAUGUAACCUGCCUGCUAUAUGUACUGGAAGGCUGGACUGGAGUAGAACACCUGGAGGAAUAUCUGAGUUACCUGGUCUACCUCACAUGGCUCUUUGCACCACUAGUUAUAGCAUUUAUACUUCCUGCAGUCAUCGUCCUUCUCAUGUAUGUUACUAUUAUCAUUCUUCAUAUUUACAAGAGACGGACAGACCUAAAAGAGGCUUAUUUAAAUGAUUUUUGGGAUGGUGCAAGACAAGUGGUGUCAACUAUAUGGUAUGCUCAUGCAAGAAUAUGGAAUGGCUAUGAGCUGCAUGGCCUAGAAAAAAUACCUGAUGGGCCAGCACUAAUUAUCUUUUACCAUGGAGCAACUCCUGUAGACUUUUUUUACUUCUUGGCUACUGUUCUUAUUAGGAAGAAAAGAAUCUGCUUUGUCGUUGCUGAUAACUUUGUCUUUUCAGUGCCAGGUUUCAAACUCUUACUUGAUGUGUUUAGCGUUCUGCCUGGAUCACAGGAGGAAUGUAUAAAAGCAUUAAAGAAGGGGAAUGUGUUGGCCAUCUCACCAGGAGGAGUUCGGGAAGCACUUUUCAGUAAUGAAAACUACACCCUCAUCUGGGGAAAUCGUAAAGGAUUUGCUCAAGUGGCUAUUGCUGCAAAAGUGCCCAUCAUUCCUAUGUUCACACAAAAUAUUCGGGAAAACAUUCGAACAUUUGGUGGACGCAAACUACUUAGGUUUAUAUAUGAGCACUGCCGUUUGCCAGUAGUCCCACUGUAUGGAAACUUCCCUGUCAAACUGCGCACAUAUAUUGGAGAUCCUAUUCCAUAUGACCCAAAUGUAACUGCUGCAGAACUGGCAGAGAAAGCGAGAAAUGCAGUACAGUGCUUAAUAGACAAACAUCAGAAAAUACCAGGAAAUGUAUUUAGGGCUUUGAUGGAACGAUUUGAGAUGCAGAAAAAAGAAGACUAGCGUGUUUUGGGUGUGACAAAUAGUUGUAAAAUAUUUUUAAAUUAUGUUUAUAAUGUGAUCUAAUAUUUGAAAAGAUUGUUGUUGUAUUUGUAUUCUGCUUGUUUUUACAACACAAUUACUGUUCAAUUUUACAGAAAACUAGAUUUUUCUAAAAGUUCAUUGUUAAAAUGUGGGGUUCAGGCAACCUUAGUAUUUCAAUAUCAAUACAACAAUUUGAUAUUUUUCAGUAUCAGUUCAACAAUGUCACAUUUUUUUAAAAACUGGGAUGGAUGAAAGAAAAUAAACUGAGCUUGAAUCAUGGCAAGAUGGAGACACUGUGAGUGAGUGGUUCCCAUGUCUGAGAAAUUGGUCUAUUGCCUGCCCUGGAUGGGGUUUCACUCUCUCUGAAGGAGCAGGCAUGCAGUCUGGGAGUGCUUCUAGAUCCUGCUCUGUCACAGGAGGCCCAGGUAGUCUCAGUGGCUAGAAGUGCCUUUUAUCAGCUGGACCUGGUGAGACCAUUCCUCGACUAGGAGAGCUUGGCAACAGUACUUCAGUCAUUGGUGAUUUCAAGUCUCUGGAUUACUGCAUUGCACUCUAUAUGGGGCUUCCCUUGCACUUGACCUGGAAACUGCAGUUAGUGCAGAAUGCAGCAGCCAGAUUGCUGAUGUGGGUGAGACCAUGUCAGCAUGUAACACUUCUGCUCAGAGAUCUGCACUGGUUGCCAAUUUGUUUUCAGGCCAAGUUCAAAGUGUUACUACUAGUAUAUAAAGCCCUUAACAGCUUGGGACCAGUUUACCACCUGAGCACUUUGCCACAUAAUACUCAUUUUGUACUUGCGCAAAAUCAUUCUUUUAGUGUGGCAGCACCUACUCUUUGGAACUCCCUGCCUAUUGACAUCAGACAGGUGCCUUUCCUAUAUUCCUUUCAGCACCUGCUUAAAACUUUUCUGUUUAGGCAAGCCUUUCCAGACACAUAGAUGUUGAUCUGUUUAGUCAGUAGCUGUUUUAAUUGUUUAAGUAUUUUUAACUGUUUUAUUGAUAACUUAUUUUUUUUGUAAACUGCUUAAAGGUCUUUACAUUCAAGCAGUAUAUAAAUAGCCCAGUUGUACCUUGGAAUAAGCCAUAGUAUGACAUUUAGGUUUCUUCAAAAUGUAUGGAAUAAUUAACUUAAUUAACUGGAAGGUAGUGUUGGGCUAAAUUUGAAAGCUAGAUCUGUGUCCAUUUCAUGUAUCAUGUGCUGUAAUAACAUCAUUUUUAUUGUGAUCAGCCAACCAUUAAAAACAUAUAACUAUAAAUACAUAAUCUUAAAAUCAAGAGUAAAGAUGAAGAUUAAGAGAUGUUAGUACAUUAAGAAAUAUUACUAUCUGUUCAGUAAUGAGUUUAUUGGACACCCCCCCCCCCGGAAAACACUCAGAAGAGUCUAAGGAUCGACCAGGAAACUACCUCAUAAAGAGGGUAGAUUAUACAUUCUCUGACCUCCUUGAUGAAAUCUACAGUAAAAAAAACAUGUAGGGAACUGUUUUGAGUACCAGUUGAUUUCAUGGACAUCACCUGUCUUUAAUAGGAACUUUAGCAAAUCUGCCCUCUGAUGUGCUGUAAUAGAGAUUAUCUAAUCAUAACCAGUUCUUUAUAUUUGUUAACAUUCAUGAAGUGAAGACUACACUUUUGCUGUCCAGCUACGGCUACAAUUGUAGAUGUGAUUAUCUGGGAGCAAGUCCCACUGAACUCAGUGAGGCUUACUUCUGACCAGGCCUUUUUUCAUUAUUGUACUUGCUGAUAUGGUGUAUCAGUACCUCUUUUUGGCUGCCCAUGGCAACCAUUGGGUGUUGGCACCCACAGCACUUUUACCAAGGUAUGAGUACUGGUACCUGGUUCCCCCCCAACCCCCCCACUGCUGAUUAUGCAAGUGUGUACACAAAAAAGUGUGUACCUUAAAAUUAAAAAGGUAGCAGAGCAGCUUUUAAACUGACUGAGGGGGGAAACCCGACAGGAGCUGAGAAAGGUCCGGUUCG